UUUAAAAUAUACAUUUUAUAUUGUAUUAAUAUAUGGUAUUCAAUUUUUGAAUGUUCACAAAACUUUAAAAUUAAAUUUUUAGUUAUAAAGCUUCUGUAAAAUUUUCUGCUACCAAAAUGUUUCGUCAUUCACAAAUAGUACGACCUCAUAGUUUAGAUGACUAUUUUAUAAGUUUACUAAAAACUAUUUAUAAAAAUCAAAAUAUUUCUGCUGAGGAAGUAUCACAAUGGAUUAGCUCUCCUCCAAUGAAAACGUAUUAUCGAGUAAAUACUAUAAUAACAACACCAUCUGAUGUUGUUGCAUCUAUUCAAGAGCAGUUGUUGAAACUUAAAUGUAUCAAAUGCAAAGAUGAUUUGCCAUCUGUAAAAGUACAUAAAUAUUUGGACGAUUGUAUUGUCAUUUCACCUAUAAAAAAAUCUUUGUUAGAUAUUCAUCCAAAAAAUGAAGAAAUAGUAGUCGAUAUUGCAACUGGACAAUCAGUAUUACGCGGCUCUCAUAUAUUUGCACCUGGUGUAAUGGCCAUGGCACCUGAUAUCAAAAUUGACUCAAGUAUAUCUGUGUAUGCUGAUUUAGCUAAAGAAUGUAAACGAGGCUAUCAAAAGCAUUAUAAAAAUCCAUUAAAAAUGUUUGUUGGAAAUGGUAUAGUUAAGAUGGAUCGCCGGCAACUGUUUAGUGGUGAUAUGAAUCCAAAAGGAGUUGCAAUAGAAAUCACUGAUCCUUUAUCAGGGAUCCCUGCUUUUACGUUACCAGAAACUCAUGGAUUAUUGCAAAAUCUCCCAUCAGUUGUAGUUGGACAUGCUCUAGAUUUAAAAGGAAAAAAUCUAAAAGUAUUAGAUAUGUGUGCUGCUCCUGGUAAUAAAACAUCACAUAUUGCUACAUUAAUGAACAACUCAGGAUUUAUAGAUGCUGUUGACAAAUCUAAAACUAAACUAAAAAAAAUUGAGCAAAAAUGUGAAGACUUUGGCUUGAAAAAUGUGAAAAUUCAUCACUACGAUUCAUUGAUUCUUAUUGAUACAAAUAAUAGAAACAAUGAGUUAAAUAAGCCACCAUUUAAAAAAGAUUCAUUUGAUCGUGUUCUUUUAGAUGCUCCUUGUAGUAACUUAGGGCAACGUCCAUUACUUAAAAUUGAAGCUAAUGAAAAUUUAAUCAAAAGUUUUCCAAUUUUGCAAAAGAAAUUGUUUGCAAAUGCUGUUGAGUUAUUAAAACCUGGUGGCAUUUUAGUUUAUAGUACUUGUACUAUUACAUUUGAAGAAAAUGAGCAGACAGUAGCUUGGGCUUUAGAAAAAUUUCCACAUAUAGAAUUAAUUAAAAUAGAUCCUGUAAUAGGUAGUUCUGGAUUACUUGAUUCUGGCUUAAGUGAAGAAAAAUGUAAUCUAGUAAGACGUUUUGGACCAGAUGAUGUUGAAAAUGAUUCAAUUGGAUUUUUUAUUGCAAAAUUUAUAAAAAAAAGUUCUACAUAAAUAAAAACACAGACUUUA